AUGAAGCUUCUCGGUCUUCUCGCUGCUGCCGGCCUCUGCCAGGCCCACACCAUCUUCGUCUCCCUCGAGGCCGAUGGCGUCAACAGCGGCGUUUCUCAAGGCAUCCGUACCCCGGAGUACGACGGUCCUCAGACCGACGUCACGUCCCAGUAUAUCGCCUGCAACGGUGAUCCGAACCCGACGAAGUCAACCGACAAAGUCAUCACCGUGACAGCCGGGUCAACAGUGACAGCCGUCUGGCGCCACACCCUGACCAGCGGGCCCGAGGACGUCAUGGACGCCAGCCACAAGGGACCAACUCUUGCCUACAUGAAGAAGGUCACCGACGCCAAGACCGACCCCGGUACUGGCGCGGGAUGGUUCAAAAUCCAGGAGGACGGGCUGAGCAGUGGUGUCUGGGGAACGGAGCGCGUCAUUGGUAAUGCUGGGAAGCAGGCUAUUACUAUUCCCAAGUGUAUUGCCAACGGACAGUACCUUCUCAGAGCUGAGAUGAUUGCCUUGCACGGCGCCAGCUCUUACCCGGGUGCACAACUGUACAUGGAGUGUGCUCAGAUCAAUGUCGUUGGCGGGACCGCGGCCAAGAGCCCGUCGACUGUCAGCUUUCCUGGUGCUUACAAGGGAUCCGAUCCCGGCAUCACAAUCAACAUCUACUACCCCGUCGUCACGAACUAUACGAUUCCAGGACCCGCGAAGUUCGCUUGCUAA